AAACUUGCACUAAGAGAAAAGUUUCGUUACUUUACAGAAGUCCAUAAACCAAAAGAGGACAUUUCGAGUGUUAACGAGGACUCGAGUGACGAGUCUUCAUACUGUAAAAUAAAUGACGCAUACGAAAACCAAAGUGAUGUGGAGCAUAAGUAUGAAGAACGUCCUAUUAAAUCAAAUAUUGGGAGCCCCAACUGCGUUGGUGAUGUUGAAAAUAGUUUUAAAGUAAGUUCAGGGUUGUUUAAUAAAGGCCUAGAAGAAGAUGAAGACAAAACUGCAGAAAAACCAAGCGAUGAUCAAGAUGAGAACGAGAAAGACUCCGCAUCCGAUUCUGACGAAGAUCAAUGUAGUUUGGUAGUAAAUACUAAUGAAGAUCAGCCUACAUUCAAUGACGAACAGGGUUCUCCACCAUCACCUUUAUCCACCUAUAAUGAAGCAAAAGAGAACGAGAAGGAUUCCGCAUCCGAUUCUGACGAAGAUCAAUGUAGUUUGGUAGUAAAUGCUUCAGUUUCCCCAUCGCUAUCCUUUUCGUCCGACUUUGAUGUAAAGUUUAAACCAAUUGGAAUCGAAAAUCCUAAUGAAUAUCAGCCUACAUUUAAUGAAAAACAGGGUUCUUCACCUUUAUGCACCUAUAAUGAAGCAGAAGAUAAUCCACUGCCUUUUGACAAUCCAUUUCUCAUCGAGGAAGAAGAAAACGACUUAAACAAGCCUUGCAGCAAGCUAAAUGAUGAUAAUAAUGAUACAAUAGGAACACCUCCUUCAACUCCAUCGAGUUUCGAUUUUGGUCUGCCGUUGAAUGUCUGGUCUACGGAUUCUCAAAAGUCUUCUCCAUCAUUACCAAAGAAAGAUCCCGAAGAAGAUAAAGAUUCUGAUGAUACAGCAAAUGGAUCUUCUUCGUCGAACAAAGACAAGGAGUCGGGCAUCAACUUAGAUAAUUCGGAGUCCGAAUCAGCCCAACCUGAUCCAAACACAGACGCACAUGUUGAAGACAGUGAAUUGAACGAAAAUGAUGAUGUAUGCGAAUCGGGUUCUGAUGUUUCAUCAGAGAAUUCGGAAAAGUUUAUGGAAUAUGACUUACUGGACAUAGAUGUGGAGGAACUGGAGAAGGAAGGAGAGAAUAACGUAGCAUUUAAAAGAUUUAAAAAAAGGGAUUCGUUUACCAUUUAAAAAUAGACCCGCUGUCAUUUAAAAACUAAUAUGAUAUCUAUAAGCUGAAGAAUUCAAAGUACCUAUCAUCUUUCUGACAAUAUUCACAGGUAUUGAUUCUGCAUGGGGUAAGCUGUUGAAUAACCCGGAAUAAAUAUUUGUAAAUUUUAAUACGGCCUCUAUAAAGGUUUUUCUAUGCCAUAUGUUAAUGCUGUGACGUAUGAGCAGGCAUUUAUGGUUAUUUGUUGUUCCUUGUAAUUCCAAACACUGGCUUCUAUGUGAAAACGAACUUGCAAAAAUUUCUAUAAGAGCAAUGGGGAAAACAAUGACGUAUUUCAAAUUUAAUUUAUCUCAGUGCCAGUAGGGUUUUUGUAUAUUAAAUGAUUACUCCUCAUACGUCAAACCAUUUAUCGGUCUGUCCUCUUAUUGAUGAGUUGUUGUAAAAUUCGCUUUCUAAACAACAUCGAAUUGGAAUGUUUUGUCUAUUCCUGGAGUUCAGUUUUGUACAUAACUAACUAGUAACUUGGUUUAAGAGGGUUGGGUCAAAUGAUCUACCUUCAUUUUCCUGUUAUGCGUGGUUGGAUGCUAAGCCAGUUUAAAAAGUAAGUCGCAUUCGCUUGAAGAGAACCCACGCCUCUCUCGUUUUAGCAACCUCCCGCAUGCAUACACAGCUAAAUAAAUGUGAUCAAGCGCCGAUUUGAAAAUGUUAUUAUUGUAACAAAAAUGAUAUCGAAAGGAGU